AGUUGUCGUUGCUUGUCCGCGGGCCGCGGUGACGACAACGGCGAUGCUCGACGUGCCUAUACGUUCAUCGCAGCGUUCGUUUUUGUUCGUUAUCGCUCGAAUACGUCCCCCUCCACGCCGGUCCCACCGUCGUACUCCCACUUGCGCGCACUGAACAUCCGCCGCCGUAGUAGUCUUUCGCUCUUGUAACACACAAACAUACAAUAAUACAAUAUCACAGAUUCACAAUAUUCAUUAUUCGAUUCACAAUUUAUUGUGAAUAGUGAUAGAAUAAAACGAGAAAAAAAAACUAAAAUAAAAAAAAAAUAACGCGUUUCGUUUUUUCAACUUAUCACCCGACGUCGGGCACUCUGUUGUUAUUUGAACUCGUCGCCGUGUUUUUGUCCCUCCCGUUACCGACUUUUUAGUUAUUAGAUUAAUCAUUAAUCAUUUCUCCGCUGCCUUCGAUCAUAGUCCGCCGCCGACUACGACAAUAUUAAUGUGCUAUAAUUGCCGGACGACGACGUUUGCGCCCCAAACCCGUUAAUUCCGUUAUCGCUCACUGGCACUUUAUCGUAUAUCGCGCGGUAUCCGAUAUAAUAUCGCGUCGUCCACUGGCGUUUGAUAUCAAUAACACUGGUGUCCGUCUGAAUGGUAUUUGAAUCUCUCACGUAUGCGACGGUGACGUGAAAUUUAAAACCAAAUACCGACGCCGUCUUUGUCGUCCCACUGCUGUGACGCUGAGCGAGAUGACCGAAAACCGUAACACGACAGUAAUUGAGCCCGCACAUCAAGAUUUGGCCUGAACAUUCGCUGCCCGCUGUCAUCGGUCCGUUGUAAAUGUUCACUGAUAAUCCAUCACUAUGGGAAAGCUGCUUUCCAAAAUUUUUGGUAACAAAGAGAUGAGAAUACUUAUGCUUGGUUUAGAUGCAGCAGGAAAAACCACUAUCUUGUACAAAUUGAAAUUGGGUCAAUCUGUAACAACAAUACCAACAGUUGGCUUCAACGUAGAAACAGUUAUUUACAAAAAUGUGAAAAUUAAUGUUUGGGAUGUUGGGGGUCAAGACAAAAUACGACCACUUUGGCGACACUAUUAUACAGGCACACAAGGUUUGAUCUUUGUUGUGGAUUGUGCAGAUCGUGAUCGUAUAGAUGAAGCUAAGCAAGAGUUACAUCGUAUAAUAAAUGAUAGAGAGAUGAGGGAUGCAAUAAUUUUAAUAUUUGCCAACAAACAAGACUUGACCAAUGCAAUGAAACCACACGAAAUACAAGAAAAACUUGGACUUACAAGAAUAAGAGAUAGAAAUUGGUAUGUUCAACCAUCGUGUGCUACCACAGGAGAUGGAUUACAUGAAGGCCUUGCUUGGCUCACAUCAAAUUUUAAACAAUGAUACCAAAGUAUAACUCAAUAUUAUACUAAAUAUAUCAUUUUUCAAUUUAAAAGAAGCUUAGGACUAAAAGAAAUUCCAUACGUACAAAUUGAGUACAUUACUUGUUAAAUAUAAAAAUGAACAUCAAUAUUUAAACUAAGAUGUUUUUUUGAUAAAUAACUACUCUUUGAGAGGACUGGCCUAAUAAAAUAUUGAAUUAUUCACAAUUGUUUUAAUAUUAUAAUUAUAAUUUGUAAUGAUUACUGAACAAAAUUGUCAUAAUAUGCUAAAACUGCCUAACUAUCCUUUUGAUGUGUAUAUUUAUAAAUUGAUUCCCAAUUAGUGUCAGCAGUAUACAUAUUAGCUUCAACAAUAAAAUGUAAGCAAUAUUAUAUUUAUACAUAUAAAUUAAUUAAUAAUGAUUUAAUAUUUGUUCCCAAGUU